UUAUCCUUUCAAAACAUAAUCUAAUCUCAGGAAGGAUGGGAAGGUCUCCUAGUAGUGAAGAUGCCAGUUUGAAGAAGGGGCCAUGGACGCCGGAAGAAGAUCAGAAACUCAUGGAUUAUAUUCAGAAACAUGGUCAUGGAAGCUGGAGAGCUCUUCCAAAGCUUGCUGGAUUGAAUAGGUGUGGAAAGAGUUGCAGAUUAAGAUGGACUAAUUAUCUUAGGCCAGAUAUUAAGAGGGGAAAGUUCUCAGAGGAUGAGGAAAGAAUUAUAAUCCAACUUCAUUCCGUUCUAGGAAACAAGUGGUCCGCGAUUGCUACCCAUCUCCCGGGAAGAACCGAUAACGAAAUCAAGAACUUUUGGAAUACCCAUUUGAGGAAAAAGCUUCUACAAAUGGGUAUUGAUCCAAUUACUCAUAGACCCAGAACAGAUCUCAAUCUUCUUUCAAAUUUCCCUCAUUUGCUUGCUGCUGCAAACCUCCUCAAUCAAAUGAAUAAUCCUUUGGAUAGUGCUUUAAGGUUACAAGCAGAUGCUGCAGAGUUAGCCAAAAUAAAAUUGUUGAAUCUACUACAACUCUUUAAUGGUAGUAGUAGUAGUAGUAGUAGUGCACCUCCAAAUAUGGAAGCAAUUAAUCUGUUGGGAUCAAAUUAUCUUCUUAAUGAAUACAUUCAAUCACAAACCCAAUCUCAUGGAUUACUUCUCAACAACCCUCUUAGCUUUGCUCCUAACCCUACUCAAAUGCAAUCUAGUUUUUCAAAUAUAGGAGCUCCUUAUAUCCUUGAGAAUUAUAACUUG